GGGAUGGAGCGAAGCGCGAGCUGCUGAUGGUGGUGGUUCCUCUGUAGUUCUCCAGCAUGGAGGCCGUUCCGGAUCAGGAGCAGCUCCUGAUCUUCCUCAGGAAGCUGAAGGAGGUGUUUGAUGUGUGUGAUGAAGAUGCAGACGGGUUCAUCCGCGUGGAGCAUUUGGUGGAUCUCGGGCUUCAGUUCGGUCGAGGAGAUGAGGAGGUAAAGAAGUUCGCCAAGUUCCUGGACCCCGAUGCUCACGGCCGGAUCAACUUCAAAGACUUCUGUCACGGCGUCUUCGCCAUCAAAGGCUGUGAGGAGAUCCUGAAGACCGCCCUGGGAGCGCCCCCCAUCGACAGACCACCGUAUCAGACGGAUAACGGCUACUACUACCAGCACGGCUCGGCUGGGCUCGGCCCCCCUCUCAUCAUGUGCACCCAGCCGUACCCGGAGUGCCCGCUGUACCCGGGUGAGGGUCCGACCGGCCGGGACACACACGAGUCCGACAUGGACAGCGGAGCGGCGUCCGAGACGUCUGAGGGCGGUCGCCAUGACGACAAAGAGGAAGGCCUGGGAGGAUUGUUUCUACCUGGAAGCAACUCCUGUCAGCUGGUCCCGUCGGCCACAGCCUCCGUGAUUUCGGCUGAGGAGCAGUUUGAGGAUUAUGGAGAGGGGGAGGAUGUGGAUUUUACUCCCAGCAGCCCCUGCCCCGACGACGACACGCGAACCAACGGCUUCUCAGACCUCGGCUCAUCACUGCCCUCUAGUGCCGGUCAGACUCCUCAGAAGAUCAGGCACCUGUACAACAGCGAGCUGCUGGACGUCUACUGCUCACAGUGCUGUAAAAAAGUCAACCUGCUCAACGACCUGGAGGCCCGGCUAAAGAACCUAAAGGCUAACAGCCCAAACAGAAAGAUCUCCAGCACCGCCUUCGGCCGUCAGCUCUUCCACCACAGUAACUUCAGCAGCAGUCAGGGCAGUACAGAAGACCUUUUCAGAGACAGCAUCGACUCCUGCGACAUCGAUAUCACAGAGAAGGUGAGCUACCUGGAGAAGAAGGUGACGGAGCUGGAGAACGAAAGCCUGGCCAACGGAGACCUGAAGAGCAAACUGAAGCAGGAGAACACACAGCUCGUUCACCGAGUGCACGAGCUGGAGGAGCAGAUUAAAGACCAGGAGACGCGGGCGGAGCAGAGUCUGGAGGAGGAGCUGAAGAGGCACCGAGAAAUUUACAGCAAAAUGGAGAGAGAUAAAAGCACCGAGAUAGAGCUCCUCUGUAACAGGGUGCAGCAGCUGGAGGAGGAGAACACGGAGUUGAAGGUGAACGUUUGCAGACUGAAGUCACAGACUGAGAAACUGGACCAGGAGAAGCAGCGUAUGACGGAUAAGCUGGAGGACACCAGCCUGCGUCUGAAGGAUGAGAUGGACCUGUACAGGAAGAUGAUGGACAAGCUGUGGCAGAACAGACACGAGUUCCAGAAAGAACGCGAGGCCAUGCAAGAGUUGAUAGAGGACCUGAGGAGGGAGCUGGAGCACCUGCAGCUCUUCAAGCUGGAGACGGAGCGGCCUGGACGAGGACGAAACUCUUCAGCCGAAUUCAACGCCAGAACACGGGAGAUAGAGCUGGAGCACGAAGUCAAACGCCUCAGACAGGAGAACCAUAAGCUGAGGGAUCAGAACGAUGAUCUAAAUGCGCAGAUCCUGAGCCUGAGUCUUUACGAGGCUAAAAACCUGUUCGCCUGCCACACAAAGGCCCAGUCGCUCGCCGCCGAGAUCGACAACGCCUCCAGAGAUGAGCUGGUGGAAGCCUUGAAGGAGCAGGAGGAGAUCAACUUCCGUCUCAGGCAGUACAUGGAUAAGAUCAUCCUGGCCAUCCUGGACCACAACCCCUCCAUCCUGGAGAUCAAGCAUUAGAGCUGCACUGCUGGAGAGAGAAACACUGGCUUUAGGCGCCCCCGUGUGGCCAGGAAGUGAACUGCACCAACAAUUCCACUCACUCACCUCAUUCUGUAUCAGGACACGCCCCCAUACUGGUGAGACACCAUCACUCGGGGGUUUCCUUCACGCUCCUCACCAUGCCAUGAGUUCAGAACCCUCGCACUGCAGAGCUGUUUAACACCUGGAAGGUGUAUUUUUCACCGUAAGUUUGUAUGGAGUAGAUCAGCUAAACUCACAGAGAGCCUGUGAGAAAUGAGCGGAACACUGGACCAUAUGUUUUCUAGAAAAGCUAGAGCUUUUUGUUUUUAGAUUCUAUAGAAACGGCAAACGUGUGUCUCUUAAAUGUGGAGCCUCCACAGGCUGAUUUACACUCCUGCAAACCUGCAUAGAAAUGAGUAUGUGAGUUUCAGAGAAGGCCCAAAACCAACAAAAUCUCAACUGCACUGCAAAAAAAUGGUGUCUUUCCAUGAGAAACAUCUUAAUUCUAGUCAACGUAUCCAAUAUUCCUCAUUAUAAGACUUUUAAGAGUAUUAUGAGACAAUUCAGCCUAUUUCAGUACAUUUCUUCUCCUUUAAAGCA